AUGAAAGUUCUGGGAAUAUUAAUGAUAGUGGUGGCCGCCAUGGUCAGGUGCUACCAGGACGCAGAGCCUGUUGAGAGCAAAAUACUAGCAACAGUCCCCUUCAGGACGCUUUUCUUCCUCCGAAAGCUUACGCCGUACUCCAGCAAGGUGGACGCGCCUCUUCCCAUGGGCGCGCACAGAAGGCUGGAGUCGGAGGAGCGGUUCUCGCCGUUCCACUCGGUGCUUGUGAUCCGGAGGCAGAAGAGCCCUGCGCUUUCCAUAAGAUCCGAGCUGCCCGGUGCAGAGUCCGCGGAGUCCUUCAUAAAAGACUUCCUGGUGUCGCACCUGCAGCACGUGAACGCCAUGGAGAAGGCCUCGCAGUUCAACACCGAAAGGAUAUACAACGAAAUGUACAAGAAGGAAAAGAAGGCAAAUGCGAACAUCGACAGAUAUGCACACCACAGCGGAAUGCUGGACGAUGAGAUUGAUUCCAUCAUGGCGCAUGCAGCCAAAGAGAUCUCGGUUCCUGCAGAGGAAAUAGAGAACAACACAUCCCUGGGGAAGAACCUCAAGAAGACAAAGAGGCGGGUUGGAAAGAACCUCAAGAAGGCAAAGAAAGAGUUUAGCAAGAAGGUCAAGCUGAACAGCCUUACAAUUCUUCUGUUUGUUGUGAUUGGUCUGAUCUCUGCGUUCGCAGGAUACUCUCUGCGGGGAAGGGGCAGCACCGAAAACUACGUUCCUCUAGACAAAUAG